AUGACCGCGCACACCCUCUCGCAAUGCAGCCAAGAGCUGCAGCAGCAGCAACAGCAGCAACAGCAGCAACAGCAGCAACUGCUGCAGUUAAAACAACAGCCUCAAGGUGGGGAGGAGAAGAGUUUAGGCUGUAUAGUCACCACACAUAUUAGCAGCAAAAGCAAGGUGCAGCAGCACCAGCUGCUGCAUGAGCAGCAGCAGCAGAAGCAGCUGCAGCAGGAGCAGGAGGAGCUGCAGCAGAAGCAGCUGCAACAGGAGCAGGAGGAGCUGCAGCAGAAGCAGCUGAAGCAGAAGCAAGAGGAGGAAGGGCAGAAACAAGAACAGCAGCUGCAGGAGGAGCAGCAGCAACUGCAGCAACAGAUGCAGCAGCAGCCACGAGAGCAGCAGCAGCUGCCUGGAGAGCAGCAGAAACAGCUAAAACUGCAGCAGCCGCAGCAGCAGCAGCAGACGCCUGACCAGCAGCAACAACAACAUGAACAGCAGCAGCCUAAACAGCAGCAGCAGCUGCCACCAGAACUGCAGCAGCGGCAGCAACCUGAACAGCAGCAGCAGCACAAGCAGCCUCUAGAGCAGCAGCAGCAGCAGCAGCCCGAACAGCAGCAGAAGCAGCCCCAGCAGAGUAACUGUCAUGGGGACACUGGUCUGCACAGCAAGGGCGCAGCAGUAGCAACAGCAGCAACAGCAGCAGCAGCAGCAGCAGCAGAGGAUGCAAAGAAUCCUGAGGAGACAGGGACUAAUGUUGUCCCUUUAGCAGCAAAAAAGGAGACAGUUGCUGCGCAGGUGCAUGCAGCACACCAGAAACGUGCAGAUAUUGCUGCUGGGAGCGGCACUCAGCAGCAACAGCAACAGCAGCAGCAGCAAGAGACGCAACUGCUGCUGCUGCAAAAGCAGCAGCAGCAGGUGCAAAAGCAGCAGCAGGUGCAAAAACAGCAAAAGCCGCAGCAGCAACAGCAGCAAAAGCCGCAGCAGCAACAGCAGCAAAGAUCGCAGCAGCAACAGCCGCAAAGAUCGCAGCAGCAACAGCAGCAAAGGCAGCAAGAGCUGCAGCAGCAACAGGAAAAGCAGCGAGAGCUGCAGAAGCAAGAGCAGCAGCAGCUAGAGCAUGAGGAGCAGCAUACCCAGCGGCUGAGGCAGCAGCGCAUGCAGCAGCAGAAACAGCAGAAGCAGCAGCUGCUGCAAUUGAAGAAGCAAGGUCAGCUGCAGCUGCAGCAAAGGCAACAGGGACACCAGGAGAAGAAGCAACAGCAACAAAGGGUGCAGCAGCAGAAGCAGCAGCAGAAGCAGCAGCCACAGCAGCAGCCGCAGCAGCAGCCGCAGCAGCAGCCGCAACAGCAGCCGCAGCAGCAGCCGCAGCAGCAGCCGCAGCAGCAGAAAGACCAAUUGGAGAAGCAGGUUAAGGAGCAACUGCAGCACGAGCAGCAGCAGCACGAGAAGCAGGAGCACAAGGACGAGAAGGACCAGCAGCAGCAGGUGCAGCAGGUGCAACAGGAGCAACAACAACAGCAACAGCAGCAGCAACAACAGCAACAGGAACAGCAGGAGCAGCAGCAACAACAGGAGCCGCCGGCGCAGCAGGAGCAGCAGGAGGAUGAGGAGGCGGAUGGUAAGAGUUGGGUGUCUCCUCGCCCUGUGUCUCCUUCGGACCUGCAGCUAGUUAGUUGCUCUCCUUCAACUUCUGCUGCUGCUGCUGCUGCUGCUGCAGCGGCAGCAGCAGCAGCAGCAGCAUUCCCCUUUUGUAUAGAUAGUAGCAUUUCCUUCUGUCCCCCCGGAGGGGCAUUCUUUUGCCCUUGUCUUCCUUAUAAUGGAGACACAGAGGAUGAGGAGGAAUACAGUCAGCAGCAGCAGCAACAGCAGCAGCUGCUGCAUCAGCUGCUUCAGCAUCAACAGGAGCAGCUACAGCUGCUGCCGUUGCAGCUGCAGCUGCAGUAUCCAGGGGGAGGGUUAGGGGCCCCUGGGGGGCCCCCAAGGGGUUUAGGUCUCCCUUUACAUCAGGGCCUAUGGAACUGUGAUAACAUGCAGCAUCAGCUGCAGCAGGUGCAGCAACUGCAGCAUCUGCAGCAGCAGCAGCAGCACCAGCAGCACCAGCAGCAGCUCAUGAUGAUGAUGUACUGUCCCUUCUUUCCCUAUGGCUCAGGCAGCUUAGGGGGUAUUGUACCCGCUUUACCACCUGGUCAGGAAGGGGGGGGCCACGGGGUCCCGGGGCCCCCCUGGUCAGGUGCGGGGGCCCCUUGGGGCCCCUGGGCAGGAGGAGGGGUCCCCCUUCCAGGCCCCCCUCCAUUGGGGGCCCCUUCCCCGACUCCUGGGCCCUCUCUGACCCCUGGGGCCCUUGCAUGCGCUGCAGGAAUGUUUAUUACCAACAGCAUUAAGGAUGAGGUACGUCAAGUAGGGGGCACCUCGUCAGAAGCAGCAGAACAUGCUAAGGGGCCCCCUACGGGGGGCCCCCCAGGGGAGGGGGCCCCAAGGGGGCCCUCAGAUGAUACACAGCCAGGCUUCCUAGAGCAACCCACACAGGGACAAAUAGAGGAAACAGUUGAGGGGGGCCCCUUGGUGGAGACACAGGAAGGGGCCACCCUAAAGGAGACCCUUGGGGGGGUCUCCCAAGAGGGGAGGACAUCUGGAGGGGGGCCCCCAGAAGAAACACCUGGAGGGGGGCCCGUAAAGGAGACACCUGGGGGAGUGCAGACAGAGGGGACACUUACAAAGGGGCCCAUAGGUGAGGCACUUGCAAAGGGGCCCCCAAAGGAGACCCUUACGAAGGGCCCCCUAAAGGAGACACCUGUGAGGGGCCCCCUAGGAGAGGCACUUGCGAAGGUCUCCUUAAAGGAGACACCUGUAAGGGGCCCCCUAAAGGAGACACCAGUAGAGGGGCCCCUGGAGGAGACACCAGCAGCACAGGGAGGGGCCCUAGCCAGUAAGGAACCCAGUAAGGAAGUAAGCAGCAAUAAUAAGACCCCGCUCCUUCAGGAGGAGAGGCCACUGCAGGAGAAGCAGCAACAGCAGCAGCAGCAGCAGUCGCAGCAGCAGCAAAAGCAACAGGAGCAGCAGGAACAGCAGCAAGAGGAGGCGCCGCAGGGACAGGAGCAUGACGAAGAGCUGUUGCCCACAGACCAGCAACGGCAACAGCAGGAGCUGUUGCUGCUGCAGCAACAGCAGCAGCAACAGCCGCAGCAACAGCAGCAGCAUUCCCACCUGGCCCAGCUGCAACAGCAUCAUCGACAGCAACUGCAGCAACAGCAGCAACAACAACAGCAGCAGCAGCAGCAGCAGGCUCGAUCUCGUGCACGAUCCAGUCUAAGGUGUCAGGGGGCCCCCGGGUCUCAGGGGCCCCCCGGCGUUCCAGCACCAAACCCUCUCUUUAAGACAAGAAUGUGUCAAAUGUAUAGAAGCGGAUUAUGCAGACUGUAA